CGAGUCGUUUAACACGUUCGUUGUUCAUUUGUUUUGUUUUGAGUGGUUUGCGACGGCUCAGCUGUUCUGAUAUUUAUACCAGGAAUAUGUGAUAACAAGUGAUUUAUUUUAAUUUUAGUGUGUUGUGAGAAAUUAGAACAAACUGGAAUACGGAAUACACAAUAUGAAGCUCUUAGGCUUGCUCUUUUUGAACGUACUGUUUUACAAAGUGUCGUGCGAAGGAAUAAGUAUCGAUUUGUCCCGUUAUCACCCCAGUGGCGUAGACAACGUGUUUCGGAAGUAUUACACAGUCAAUGAGGAUACAACAACGAUUGAUAUUAAUAAUAUCGAAGACGACGUGGGAUUUAUCAUUAUACAAGUUCACAGUUUCAUAGAGAACAUUACGUUAUCGAAUAGCUCUAGCUUGGGGGCGCAUUCUUAUGUUACAGGGAAAAACAUAGGGAUGGUAUGGGGAUCUGGGGAGAGCAAUGCUACUUUCUAUUUAUUGCGGAAUAUCAAGUAUAUGGUGAAUGUGCGUAUUCUUUUGGUGGUUGCUGUGUAUGAUGAAUUUGAUCCAGUACCAGGAGGUUGCAACUUGACCUUCGACACAGUUUUAGCACCAUACCAAUUAACAUCUUAUAACGAUGAAUAUAUCACGGUCAAAAGCCAACCUCCAUCGGCAUACGGAGUAUCUUGCGACACGAACAAAAUAAAAGUCGACAUGUUCCAUCUAUACCUUCCGGAAUAUGACCGGAAUAACGAGACGUAUUUUGAUGGAAUUGAAAAGAUGUUAUCAGUGGAGGAUAUUUUGAGAUACGGCACCAAAGUGCCUGAGAUCGAAGGAUACUUCAAAUUUCGACGGCUAUAUAGUUCAUAUAGAGGGACUGGGGAGGUAUUCGGGAUGAUCGCGACGUAUAAUAACAAAAGUGCAGCGUAUGUUCCAGCAGUUUCCUAUGGAUGUGAUUUGAUGGAUUGGGACCAGAACUGCAUUGGACCAGUUACAGGCUUCUGGAAAUUUGUCUGCGCCCUGCUUUUAAUAUUUGGAUUGUUUGUCUGUUUUCUCGGACACAGAUUUUUCAAGGUGACUUUAUACAUCAUUGGGUUUACAUUUGGGGUGUUCAUCACCUAUUUAACCAUAUCUCUGGAACAAAAUUUAACGGUAAAUGAAAAGGCAAUCACCUCCUUCGUAGUUGGUUUUUUGUAUGGUAUAUUUUGGACGUUUAUCUGGUGGAAAUUUGGGAUACCGUUACUAUCCGUAAAUCUAGUUUUUGUGUUAUCAGGAUGUCUUGUUGCUUCAGUCAUUUAUUAUGCAGGAGUUGGUGAGCAGAUUUUUUUAAAAAACUAUGUCGUCUUGAACGAUUAUCAAGAAGUGAUAUAAACUUAUUUGUUCAAAUAAGAGGUUUAGAUUCAGAUACCUGAAAGUUAGAAAAAGACAGUGACAAAAUACUCUUAUAUUAUUCUAUGAAAAAUAGUUUAUUUGGAGAA